GCCCCAGCACCGCCCGCCCCCUCGGAGCUGGGAAGAGGCUCCAGCGCCAUGGGCUGCUCCAGCAGCGCCCGCAGCCGGCCCCAGGAGCAGCCCCCUGGCACCGGGGAGCCUCUGCGGGCAUCACCAGGUGAGAACACCCCAACCGCAGAUGACUACGAGACCAUAGCUGACCAAACCCAGCUGGGCCCAGCGGAGGAGGUGAGUCUCGCCUCUGAGGAGACCAACCUGGGCGAGCACCUGCCCCGGGACGAAGCCGCGGCUGUGAGCCCAGCCGAGGAGGAGAAGAUCGGUUCGGUCAGGGACAGGGAGGAGCCGGAGGGCACAGAGCCACUGCCUGUGGGGUCGGAGGAGAGCUCUGAGCUGCCGUCUGCGUGGCGAGAGGAGAGCACAGAGCCUUCAACACCGGCGCUGGGAGAAGAUGCUGGGUCACCACCACCAGGCCUGGCAGAGGACAGUGGGCUGGUAGAGGGCAAUGACAGCUCUGUAGUGGAAAUCAUCAACAAAGUGCAUGUUACUGAAGAGGACCACUUCACUGAGGGUGAGACGGGAGAACAGGUGGAAACUGAGCUGCUCAGUGAGAUAGUAAGUGGAGGGCCUGAAACAAAAGAAGAAGAAACAGGAGAAGCUGUGGAUGGUGCAGCAGCAACAGAGAUAGAAACAGCUAAUAACAAGGAAUAGAAGCUAUGUCUGUAUGAACAUCUUCGUGGGCCGGCUCUUCUGUCCACAUGAACAUUUUUUAAUCUUGUUAAGUUGGGAAAAUAGAGCUUUUACAGAAUGAACCACAUAUAUGAAUAAGAGAAAAACUUUUAUAUAUUUUUGAAGUCAAGCUGCCAAGACUUCAAGUAUUUGAAAUACCUGAACUUUCACCUCCCUGCCACAGAGUGCCUUCUGUACACUGUUAGCACAGUGGAAUCAUUUUCUGACAGGAGGAUAAUAAUUCAGUUUUCAUUUAAGAAUAUGUCCAGGUUCAUAUAACCAACUUUAAUUCUUUGAAGCCUUCAACCAACGAUAAAGAAUAUCGUGCAGCAUUUUAUUUUAACAGUAGUGUAAGUAUAAAGAAACUGAAGUCCUAGUUCCGAGAACUCUAGUACACACAGGCAAUUUCUCAGUGCCUGGACUACCAGUUUAUGGAGCUGCUGAAGUGCACAGCACAUAGAGGACUGGAAACCCCAAACUGCCCAUUUACUAAACGCAGAGGCUAGAUUUUCAGAAGAUGGAAGACACACAGGGUACAAUGUCCAGGAGGCAAGUAGGUGUCAUUUCCUAACUCUCCAUUUUUAAACACAUCUAUUGAAAGGGUAUUGGUACAAUAUAUGUAAAAACUUCUGCAUAACUGGAAGAAAAAAGGCAUUUUAAACUAGGAGUAGGAUGUUUUAAGUCUUUUAAAUUCUGGCACACUUAAAAUACAAAUUCACAGUAGUUAAAACACAUGGUGAUUAAUAAGCCAUCUUUAGCCAUGUAGCUCCUAAUAUACACUUGUGGCUUCUAAAAUAGAUUUCUAACGAGAGACAUACAGAAGCCUGUUCCCCAAGGAGAAUUCGUCUAUUAAGUUUCCCUUUAGAGCUGUUCUCCAGAAGAAACAUGCGUUCAGGGACUGCGUUAUUUUCCAAAAUGCAAAGUAAUCAUUUUGGAGUUGAAGCGGAAUGACAAAUCCUUCAGACUUCCUGGGGAAAAGGUGAAUAUAAUUUAUGUCGUGGAUCUGACAGGGAGUAGAAAUUUGCUCUGACAGCGAAUGUUGCAAAGGGACCAUAUAUCUUUACUGGGGACUGUGUCUACAGGACUCUAUGGCAUAUGGAAGUAGACUGUGGAGAAAAGGUCAAGUACCUAAAAGGGGCAAGCACGUGUUACUAUUUUUAUUAGCUUUAUUGUACAAAAGGACUUCACAAAAUAUUUUAUCGUCAGCAGCAAAUUA